GUUUUGUUUCCGGGAAUGUUUGGUGAUGUGGCUAAGCUCUGAAAUCUACCCCAGGAAACGGAGAAAAACCCCAUCUGUUUACCUGAGCAGGCCUCGCACAGUGUCGUCUAUAUGUUCAGCCGUCUGGCCACAGUCCUCCAGGAGAUCUCUGGAGAGGAGGGCCCAGAUGGAGACCAACAGGGUGUGCUGGUGCCACAGGCCCCUGCUGGGGAGGCUCAGCCUCCCGUGGACUCUGACGUUCCGGAGGAUGCCAUGGAGAGGCUGGCCCACCUGGAGCAGCUGGUGGUCCAGCUGAAGGAGCUCGUCCGGGACAAGGACACGCAGCUCAAGCAGAAGGACGGCGAGCUGACCGGCAAAGAUGCACAACUACGGAGUGAGAGGGAAGAAGCGGAUGCCCGCUUCACCAAACUCAAACUCCAGGCCAAAGCCAAGAUGGCCUCACUCAACAAGCAGAUAACUGAACUGAAAGGACAAGGAGAACCCACAAGUCCUGACAGCUCCUUUACAGGAGCUGGUGCUGCAGUCGAGGAGGAGCUCCAGGACCUGAGGAGCAAGCUGGGCGAGGAAGAGGCUCGCAGCAGGGAGCUGCAGGACCGACUCCAGGCCACCGAACAGCUGCUUCAAGGGAAGGAGUCUGCCCAGGCCGAGCAGCUGCGGGUACUGCAGGCUGUCGUGUGUGAGAAGGACGUGCGUUUCCAGGAACAGAUCCAGAAGCAUGAGGAGGAGCUGCUGAGGGUCACGGCACAAUCCCAGAAUGAUGGGGAGCUUCAGCAGGCCCUGCAGGCGGCCACGCAGCAUUGUGAGCAGCUUGACGCGGCGUUGAAGUCUCGCAGCCAAGAGCUGGAGUUGCUGCAGCAGGAAGUGAGCAGCGCUGACCAGCAGAAACAGAUCUUGACGGCUCAGUUCCGGCUGAUGGACCAGGAGCUGGCCGAGGCCGUCCGGCUGAGGGAGGCCGACAGGCAGCAGUGGGCCGAGCAGGCCGGCCGGGCAGACGCGCAGCUCUCAGCCCUGAGAGCCAGUCUGGAAGCCCUGGAAAGUGAGAGGACGGGUCUGGCGAGCCAGGAAAACGAGCUGGUCUCCCUGAGAGAGGCGAAGCACGUCACCGAGGAGGCUCUGGAGAACGGGAAGAGGGAGGUCACCAGACUGGAGGCAGAACUGUCUCUGAUGAAAGAGGCCGAACUUGCAGCCGUCCAACAGCGCGACGAUGCUGCAGAGAGAGACAAGGAGGAGAUCGCACGGCUUGAAAGCGAGCUCGCGUUGAUGAGAGGAGCGGCGUCUGCGGCGGACUGUGCCAGGCAGGAUGCCCUGGAGAAAGAGAAGUCUGACGUUGAUCAACUCCAGGGGGAGCUGGAAGCCCUCAAGGAGGAGCGAGAAGGCAUGGAGAAGAAGACUGAAAUGCUAGUUGAAAUCUGGAGGCAUCUCUGCCCUCUUGCUGGGGUGUCGGAGGAGAUCCCCGUCCCAGCCGACCUGUCCCAGCUCCUGGACACCGUGCGGUCCGUGGAGGCCCAGCUAACCAAGCUGAGAGACGAAUGCAGUGAAAGAAAUGAACAAUGUGCCCAUCUAACUCAGACCACGGAAACCCUUCAGGAACAACUUUACAGAAAAACUGAAGAGCAGGAAGAGGCCGCUGCCAAGAUCCAGCAGCUGGAGCAUCAAGUUGAAACGAUGUCAGACAGAAAUGCGGUGCCAGAACCUCCACUGGAUUCAUCUGAAACUGAAAAAGCCACAGCGCACAUACUGGCACUGGAGCAGCAGCUCUGCGACAAAGACAGUGAGCUGGUCGCCUUACGAGAAUCCCUCACACGGGUCUCGCAGCACGGCUCCGGCGAGGCUCCGUCGGGUCAAAACCAGGAUCCGGAUGACGGAGCGGAUCCCGGUGACGGUUCUGCAGCCCUCCCUGACUUCACGGACAGUCCACAGGAGGAAGAGACCACGCUGGUCGCCGAGGACACCUCAGUCCUCUCCCUCUCCGCCGGUAACGACAGCAGCCCGGAGCUGAUCGGACACCAGUCCGAAUCCCCAGAGGGAUCCAAAGGCACGUCCUCGGAUGAAAUGGUGGCCAGCAGCGAUUCAGAAGUGGCCCACAGCAGCUGGACCCUGCUGGAAGCCGUGAAUCAAGACGGAGGUCAGGAGUGGCCCUCCGUCUCGCAGGAGUUUGCCCAGUCGUGGGUGGCGACGAGCAUGGAGCAGGACGUUUCCACCGUGCAGACUGAAUCCUCAUCGGAGAUCGUUACAGACACGGUUCAGCAGAGUUCCUCCUGCACGGAUGCAGACGUCUCCUCGAGGAUCUUCGCUCAGGCCUUAGCUGAGGAGCUCCAGAAGAGGUACGGGGAACUUCUGGCUGAGCUGGAGAAGCUCAGAGAGGCGGCUGCAGAGGCGCAACAGAGAGUAACGAGUCUGGAGGAGGAAACGCAGGCCCUAACCGCGGCCAGAGAGGAGGCACAAGCUCAAGCAAGUGACUUCUCAAAGGAGCUGGAGUCAGUCAGAGAGGAGCUGGACCAGCGCUCCCAGCAAAACAGCACUGAGGGGGAAAAGCACGGCGUGGAAAUGCAGCUCUUAGAAGAACAGAUCAGCGUUUUGGACGGUCAGAAUAAAGGGAAGGAGGAGAAGCUGCAGGCGUUGCAGGCGGAUCUGGAAACGGCCCGGCGGGCUCUGUCGGAGCAGCAGGAUCAGACCAGGAUGCUGAGCGCUCAGCUGGAGGACAGGGAGCUCCUCUCUUCCGAGCUGGAGAGGAGGCUUCAAGAUAUGGAAAACAGCAUGCUGGAACACUCCCAGACGUCAGACCUGAACAACGAAUCUCUGUUAAAGAAAGACUCCGAGAUCAACGAGUUGCAGCUUCGCAUCAGCCAAAAAGAGAAGGAAGUGACGGAGCUUAACGACAGCAUGUCCGCCAGACUCCUCCGAGCAGAGGAAGAGAGGGUCCAGACGGAUGAGGAAGUGGUCAGACUGAAGGAGCAGGUGGAAGAGCUUCAGAGAGGCCGGGAGGAGAAACCCCAAGCAUCGUUUGAAGAGUCAGCCGAGGCGGCAAAGGACGACGAGGUCGCCGGUUUACGGAAGGAGAAAGGAGCUCUGGAAGGCCAGCUGACCAACAUGAAGAAGAAGCUGCAGGCGGCGCUCGUGCAGCGCAAAGAGCUCCUGAAGAAGGUGAACGAGUUGGAGAAAGAAGCCAAGAGAGUAAAGGAGAAAGAUGAAACCGUCCCAAAUGUGCAAAAAGUCCAAGAAAAUGAGAUUCGGGAAAUGGAGAGCAAAGUUUUGGAGCUUGAAGAAGCUUUAAGGUCCAAACAGGAGGCGGUUGAGACUCUGGAGCAGAAGGUUAGUGAACAGGACCGAGCUCUGGCCGAGACGCUCGCUCUGAACGCACAGCUCAGCGAAGAGGCCGGAAACUCCCAGCAGGUUUCUCCUGAAACCACCGGGCUACAAUCCCAAGUGGCUUCUCUGGAAGCGGAGCGCGACGCUCUGCAGAAGAAGGUCCAGGAGGCCCAGGAGUCUCGCAAGGAAACCAUACGUAAAGCCAAAGAAAAAGACCGGCAUCAUCGGGAGCAAGUGAAGCAGCAGAAAGAGGAGUACAACGAGCUCGCCGGGCGUUUGGAGCUGCAGACGGGCGAACGAGACGUUCUUCUCACCAAACUGAGAGAACUAGAAGAUAAAUGCAACACUGGAGGAGAUGAUCCGCCCGCUAAUGCAUCUAGAAAUCUAGAAAAACCUGCCCAAAAGGACUGGGUCCAGGAGGAGUGGGUGGAUUUCGCUGGAUCUGAGACUGGUGCAGAUCAGCCCUGCACCGAUCCACCUGAGGUCCAACCUGCACACGCCCAAGAGUCUCUGACGGCUCUGAGAGACGAGAUCCAGACCGUGCAGGCGGCAAACACCGAGCUGGAGCAGCAACUGCAGGAAACGCACGCCAAUCUGUCGCUAAAGGAGUCUGAAAUACUGGAACUGGGCAAAGAGCUGCAAGCACUGAGGGAAAAGGAGAAACAGAUCGAUGAACUGUCCAAAGAAAUGGACGAUCUGAGGGAAAAGUAUGAACAAGCCCAGUCUUAUGCAGAAACCCUGAAAGCAGAGGUGGAAGCUGCAGCCAAAGCGUCAGACGAGUCUUCGGUUGCGUCUCUUCAGGCGGAGGUGGAGGACUUUAAGCAGUUUCUUGACAACAAGAACCAGGAGAUAAUGGAGCUCAGUAACCAGCUCGGCGAGCAGAGCACGCUCAUACACGCCAUGCAGGUCGCCGUGUCCCAGAAGGAUCAGCUCGUCGCUUCUCUGCAGGAGGAACUCAAGGCCGAGCAGGAAAAAACGCAGAAGUUAGAGGCCGAGCCGCCGCAGAAGCAGGAAGAAGACAGCGAGACGAAGAUCCAGCAGCUUCAGCGAAAGCUUCACGCCGCCCUGGUCUCCCGCAAGGAAGCCCUCAAAGAAAACAAGACUCAGAAGGAGCAGCUGGCGUCGGCCGAGAAGGUCGCGGCCGAGCUGCGGCGGAGAAUCGACUCGGCGGAAAACGAGUCGGAGAAACUCCGAACGGAAAGAGCCCGACUCAUCGACGAGGUGGAUCGGACGUUGCUGGAGAACCAGAGUCUGGGGUCGUCGUGCGAGAGCCUCAAGCUGGCCAUGGAGGGCCUGCUCACCGAGAAGGACGCCGGCAAGAGAGAGGCGGAUCUGGCGAAGGAGGAGGCCGCCAGGAUGUGCAGAGAGUGGGAGGACAAGGUGCAAGGGAUGAAGGAGGAGUACGAGACUCUGCUGAAGUCCUACGAGAACGUGAGCGACGAGGCGGAGCGGGUGAGGAAAGUGCUGGAGGCCGCCAGGCAGGAGCGGCAGGAGCUGGCGGCCAGGGUGAGAACCCACGAGGCCGCGAAGCAAGAAGCCGAGCGGCAGGCGGAGGAAGCGCAGAAGGAGGUGGACUUAGUGAAGGAUAAAAUGAGAAAGUUUGCCAAAACAAAGCAGGUGAAGAUAUUGGAGUUGGAGGAGGAGAACGAGAGACUGAGGGAGCUGCAGGAGAGACCUGCGAGAAGAAGAGAGGACAAGGCCGUGACGGCUGAACUGGAGGAGCUGCAGGACGAGCUGGUGGGUUUGAAAGGGGAGCUGGACGCUACGGCGGCGGAGAGAGACUCUCUCGGACUUCAGGUUGAAGAUUUGAAGAACCAGCUGGUGCAAAUAAAAGAAAAGGAGCAUGAAAUGUCCUUAAAUGCACCGAGCUCUGCAGGAGUUGUGGAGGAGGUCAUUGCUGCCCAGCAGGCGGAUGCAACCGCGACCUCUGCAGAGCCUGUUGAGAGGGAAGAUGAAGGAGACCAGAUAGUUGCAGUGUCUGCAGCAGAAACACAUGCACAGCCUGAUGAAGAAAAGGAAAAACCAGAAAUGACUGCCGGUGCUCAAGCUUUACUGGAAGAAAAGGCGAGAGAGAUGGAGGAAGCCGUCUCUGCAGAGAGGCAGCUGUGGCAGGAACGGGAGGCCGAACUCAAAGCUCAGCUGGCCUCUCUGCAAGGUGAUCUCCAGGGGAGUAAGGAGGAGGACGACAGCGUUUCAGCCUCUUUAGAGAAGAGCAUACAAGAGGGAAAGGAGAGAGAGAAGAGUCUGAUUGAAGAGGCCUCCAAUAGAGAAGCUCAGUUUAAAGAACUGUUGAGAAACCUUGAAUCUGAGAAGGACAACCUGGAGGAGCGUCUGAUGAACCAGCUGGCCCAGCUCAACGGCAGCAUCGCCGGCUACCAGCAGGAGCUGGCCGACAACCGGGAGCGGCUGGCGGGCCUGCAGCGGGAGCUGGAGCGGCUGGAGAGGGAGCGGGCCGAGCUGGAGGCCGGGGCUCGCAGCGAGAGCGACCGAGCGGCCCGGCUGGAGGAGGACAUGAGGCAAGCCCAGCGGGAGCGGGCCGAGGCCGAGGCGGAGUCGGGGAAGCAGCGUGAGCUGGAGCAGCAGCUGAGGUCGGCCCAGCGGGUCCGGGAGGGCAGCCAGAGCCGGGCCCGGCAGCUGGAGGAGCUGCUGAGGGAGAAGCAGCUGGAGGUGCGGCAGCUGCAGAAGGACUGCAUCCAGUACCAGGAGAGGAUCAGCGAGCUGGGCCGGGACGCCAAGGCCCUGCAGCUGGGCCGCACCGAGCUCAGCGGAAAACUGGAGCAGGCUGAGCUCAAGAGCUCUUCAACCCUGGAGGAUCUGAGGAGGCUGGAAGCUGAGACGGCCACGUGUAAGGCCCAACUAGCCGAGGCGCAGAAACAGGCGAGCGAGGCCUCGGCCGCCAAACUGGCGGUCGAACGGAGCAUCCAAGAGAGGGAGACGGCGUUGAAAACGGAGGCGGAGAAGACGCUGGACUCCGUGAGGUUCCGGCUGGGAGCCGAGCUCAAGGAGGCGGAGCUGAGGCUGGAGGACGCCUACGCGGAGAAGGAGAAGGAGGAGGAAGCUACUCAGCUGGCCAGAGAGGCGGCUGACGGCGCGGAGAGGCGAGCGCAGGAGAUGCAGGCUCGUCUGGACGAGUCCCUGGCCCGCCUGGCCGCCUUCUCGCGCUGCAUGUCCUCCCUGCAGGACGACAGGGACAGAGUCCUGGACGAGGCCCGGCAGUGGGAGACCCGCUUCAACGCCGCUCUGCAGAGCAAGGAGGCCGAAGUUCGUGAGGCUGAAACACGGGCGAAAGAACUGGCGGAUCAGCUCCAGAAAGAGACGGCGCUACGAGAGGAGCUCGAGCUGUCUGUGAACAGAUUAGAAAAAGGAGACAAAGAUUGGCAGCUGAGUUUGGAAGAAGAGGAAAAGAAGGUUGCAGAGCUGCAAGCGGCGCUAGCGGAAGAGAGGGUGAAACUUGAACAAACUACAGCUGAAUUACAAUCCGGACAAACUGAAGCUCGGGAGCUGAAGAACGAGGCGGAGGCUCUGAGUCAGAGGACUCGGGCUCUUGAGGAGGCCGUGGCUCGACUUCAGGGGGAGGUGGACCAGGCCAGGACCGAGCUGACCGACAGGGAGGCAGAAGAGAGGCGGCUGUGUCUGAAUGUGGAGCAUCUGGAGACAGACCUGCGCUCGUCCAAGGCCCUGACGGAGAGCUUGCAGAAUGAGGUGCACGAGAAGGAAAGCAGGGAAGUGGAAAUGCUGGGGGAGAAGGAACAAGCUGUCGCUCAGGCUGCAGAGGAGGCCAGGAAGGAGGCCGACAUGAGGGCACAGGGAGCAGAGGAGGAGCUGGAGCAGAAAAGAGGGGAAGUGCGCAACCUGGAGGAAAAGCUGCGCAAGGCAGAAGAAGAGAGCAACGGCAGGAAAACCAGGCUGGACUCUUUCAUGAAGGCCAUGGGCUCCUUGCAAGACGACAGAGAUCGAGUCCUCAACACGUACAAGCAGCUGGAGGAGAAACACCUGCAGGUGAUGAUGGAGAAGGACGGUUUGAUCCAGGAGGCGGCGGGAGAGAACAACGGCCUGAAGGAGGAGCUGCGCUCUCUGCUGGUCCAGAGAGACGACCUGUUUGCUGAACGGGCCCAGCUGUCCGCUCAGCUCCACGGCUAUCGGGAUGAGCUCAACCAAGUGUUGAGCAUGAAGGACUCGCAACACAAACAGCUGCUGGCAGAACAGAGGGCGCGCAUUGCUUCUUUAGAAAGGGAGCGCGAUGAGCUGCAGAGUCGGCUAAAGGGCCUCGGCAGGGCCGCGGAGACGGAGGGAGAAGCUGCCGUGCAAAAAGUGGAGAGCGAGACUCUCAGUCAGGCGUCGAAGGUGAUCGAUGCUCCCGGUGCAGAGGUGGAGAAGCUGAGGGAGCAGCUGCAGGCAGCCAAAGCACAAGCCGAGAGCUUGGAGGCAACUCUGCUCAGGGAGCAGCAAGAACGCCAGAGCAAGAGCAAAGAGCUGGCCGAGCUCCAGUGGGAGGGGGGCGUGAUGCGCACGGAGUCUGAGAACGCUCAGGAGAGGGUGGCGGAGCUGGCCCGAGACCUGCUGGCCGUGGAGCAGAGGCUGCUGGAGGAGACGGAGACCACCAAGCAGCUGAGGGCCGAGAACCAGUCGUUCGCUAAAGCCAUGGCCUCCCUGCAGGACAGCAGGGACCAGGCAGCAAACGAGGCCCGAGAGAUGAGUCUGAAACUGGAGGAGAUGGGCAGGGCCGGCGGCCAGACGGCUCCCAGCAGCCCGGCAGGCUCCACCGGGGAGGUGUGGGGCCUGAAGAACGCUCUGCAAGCCCUGCAGAACGACAGGGAGAGACUGCUGGACCAACUGAAGACGCAGGCGGAGGAGGUGAAGAAGCAGAAGUCGGAGCUGGCUCGACUGGGAGCAGGGGAGCUGAUUAAAGUCAGUCAGGAGCUGUUUGAGGAGAAGAAUAAGAUUGAAGAAAUGCUGGCCGUCAUGACGCAGCUAGAGACCGUGGUGGAAAUGGGCAAGCAGGAAAUAGAGACUCUCAGGCUGGAGCGCAUGGAUUGGAUGGCUCAAGCAGAGCAGCUCAAGCAACAGACGCUCGCCACGCUGUCGGAGAGGGACCAGCAGCUGCGGCAGCUCGGCGCCAUGCUGGAGGAAGCUCACGCGCGGAAACCCAAACUCCAGCAGGAACACUACCAGAGAGAGGCCACUGAGGAGAGGGACAGCGCUCCCGGAGCCCCUCAGGAGCGGAGCAGCAUCCAAGACCGGCACGCCCACGUCACUGAGCUCAAGGACCUUCAGCAGAGGCUGGAGGAGGAGACGCAGCAGCGGAUCGCCGUCGAGGAGCAGCUGGUGGCGACACAAGAUCGACUUCAACGUCACAGUCAAGCUACAUGGCAUCCACAAGAAGGGGAUCAGUCAGAGACGGCGGUUUUUAUCGAGCCGUCGGACGCAUCCUUAACUCGAACUCGUAGAGGGGGUCCGGGUGUGAUGCGGAUGCUGCGAGUGGCUUUCUGCUCUCGCCAGCGUACUCCUCUGCUGCUCAGCCUCUAUCUCCUCACCGUGCACGUCCUGCUGCUCCUGUGCCUGGGAGGAUUCCUCUGAAACCAGCUCCUUUUCACUAAUCGGAGAGAGGCAGGCUACAAAAACAGAAAGAAAAAAAAAAAAAAAAAAAAACACAUGCCUAACUUCAGUAAUAUUUAUAUUGUUACAUGUAAUAAAUUAAGGAAGGGUACAAACGAUAUUCCGCUUGCAAAUGUUGCACUUUACCGGACCUGAUCUUUCAGCCAAAGGAUAUAGAUUUAUAGGGAGGUGUUGUUUAAAAUCUUUGGCCUUGGGAGACUUUGGACAUGACGUGGUUUCAAAACACAACAAGAAAGGAUGUAAAGGGACAAUGUUUUAAUAUUAAUUUUAUUUUAACAAAUGCCAUAGGUUGAGGGUACAAUUUUCUUUCAUAAUCAGGUGUGUGCCUUUAGGUUUGGACACAUUUUGGAAAAUACUUUCUGUUAGACUAUCUUGUCACGUAUGCAUUAAUUUCAUUUCUUAAACGUCCAAAAAAAGUGUUUUUUUGUUUAGUUUUUUUUAAACACCCAAAAUAGCCACUGAUAUGUCACUUGAUAUUGUCGUGUUUUAGAACUCAAAGGGUGAAAUAGUUUCCUAUUUUUUAUUUUUUUUGUUUCGUUUAUGUCCUCUCUUCCUUUUUGGGGGGAUUUUUUUCCCUUUUUUGUGACAUAAAAUUCGAUAUAACAUGUGGAUUAAUGGUUAUUUAGCCCCCGCUGAGAUGAACAGAAAUGGACAGUGUGUUAAGGUGAAGCCACGACAUUAACGGUUAAUCAGGGUAAGCCUUUAUCCUGAAAUAAUCUCUCUCUCUUUUUUUUUUCUCUUCAGUAAACCUUGAUUUCCAGGUUUUGUUGUCAUAGUUUGCUCCUCGUAUUCUCUUAUGCACAAACCGGAGCACAGUGCAAUUUCUCGUCUCACAUUCCUGUACAUUUUUGAAAAAUUCCUGUUUUCUCUUGAAAAAACUCCCCAUCAUAUUAAUAUUUAUACAUGUGAACGUGAUAAGUAUGUGAGUUGGAUUAUGGGUUUUCCCUCUAACAUAUCCAGUGAAUUCAGUGUCCGUUCUUCCUUUAGCACAUAUCUAGUUUAAAGUUUGCAUUGAGGUGUUUCUGGUCAGGAGAAGUUGCCUUCAGGUGUCAUGUUUCAGCGUGGGUGCAUUCCAGUAAGUCAACACUGCUGUUUUCUUUCUUUCCUCAGCCGUCCCAUGAAAUUAGAUGUAGCAUCAUUUAAAGAAACAAAUGGCCUUCCAUCCUUGUGUGUUAACAUGUGACCUUUGUUUCAUCACUGUUUGUUUGUAAAACGGCUUUUCUGAAUUCACGUUUUUUCACCCCUUGUUCAUCCCUACAUCGUCAGUUACUGCUUUAAAGGGCUGAACAGAAAUUUAUCAUGUAAUUUAAGUUUUGGUUUGGACCAGAAACCGGACGUGGCAACGAUUUAUAUAAAUCUUUAAUAGUACAAGAGAAAGAAGAGGAAAAUGUAACAUCUUUGAUUUAAAUUAAAAGUUUGGUUGUUGGUUUUUAGUUCAGACAAUAAAGGCUAUCCCUAUAUUGUAAAAUAAUAAUCAAAUAUAAUUGUCUUCUCGUUAGAGUGUCUGUUGACUUAAACCCUCUGUCAACUUUCCUGAAAGCUAAAAAAAAUGAAAAUGGAGCUCUGAUGGAAACCAGCCAAGACAAGUGAUACAAUACUGUGAUAUUUUGAACUGCACAUGUUUAAAUACUGGUUAAUGGGACACUAAAAUCCUUUUUCUUUAUGGUAAAGUCAAGUAUAUAAACACGUGCUUACUGCUGACACAACUGAAUCAAACUGUAUUCAAAGCUUUUAUUAAAGGAUGUUUUUAAGUGGAUGUGAAACGUGGGUGAAUCUGUCCAAAGGCUUGUGGGUUCUUUGAUUAAAACUGUUUUAUUUUUAAUAAUGUAACACUGAUAAGUUAUUAAACAAUAAAGGUUAA